AUGACGCCAGACAACGUCGACCUCCUGCGCGUGUCCGUCACCACACAUCUGACGCCAAGCCUCCGCUGCUCCAUGCCGCCAAGAGCCGCCGCCAAGAAUAUGUAGAACGAAACACCGCUCCACCGAAGGGAGGCAGCAUACCCCCACCCCUCACCUGCAGACCCUUCCAUCCGAUCCCAAUGUUCUUGGCGUCGCCUCCAGGAAGGUUACGGUGCACAGGACGCCGCCGACGCCCGAUCCGCAUCGGAUCUUGGGCUUUCACCCGGACAUGGGUUGGAGAGGAGAGAUGGUGCCCUCAGCAACGCCCCCAAGGAGGAAAGCGGCGCCAAAAAUCGGCGUCGCCGCUGCCGGUCAGCCUAAGGCAGCCAAGGUUUUCCCCGGACACCGAUCUGCUCCACCAGAACACACCGGAGGUGGAUCCGGCAAGAUCCAAACCGAACCGGGGACUGGGAAGGGAUGCAUGGAAGGGAGAGGGGCCGCCGCCAAGGACCGGCGCCAGCACGGAUCGGGACAGAUGUACCUGUACUCAGUAUGCAUGCGCCACGGUAGCCUUGCUGUGCGCCAAGCUCGAAUUCACACGAUAUGAGCAUGCCCCUGAAUACACCGCACCUCUAGACAUGAACAAAUUCGUACGGUACUUCCGUAGGUGUUAUUACCAUGAAGACGCCACCGGGUCUGCCAUACCUUUGACAUUAAAUUACAUUUGCGAAUUUGGUAUACCAAUAAGAAAUGUUGCUGGCUCUCACUUGCCUCCUGUUGGUCCGGAGUUUAACCUGCGGAUUGGAGGUUAUUUUCAUGUUGAUCCUACUGAUACCGAUUUUAUCACCCGCCUCAUAGCCUCGGGAUUCCCGUUGGUAGGCUUGAUAGAGGCAGGUCGCCGUUUCAACCACAUUAGAGGUCGGGAAGUUUAUGUUACACCACAGGAAGGUACAGAACCAGGAAUGUGUCACACCGUGGCCAUUAUUGGAUCAGGGUUAGAGUUAAGGAAUGUUAGUAGGCCUGACAACCGCCUCACCCAACCUGUGUACGAGACCUACUUUGUGAUCCGGGACUCUUAUGGCCCCUAUGCCCACGGAUCUAGUGCAAGGUCGUUUGCUCAUGAUGGAGUAUCAGUCGGAUACGACUUCAAUGUUUGGGCCAGCGACCUGCGAGAAGCCUGGGGUGUUUGGAACCCGCAAGGAUGUAAGUUCAUAUGUUUCUAAUUGCAGUACAGAACUGACUCUAUUUAUCCUUCUCAUCCCUAUUUUGGUUCACUUUUAGAGGAUGAGGACUCUAUGUAUUGCCUUGAAUAAUCUAUAUGCUGCUCCAAGUCAGCAACUACUAUUUCAUCCUGUGGGAUGUGUUUUAAUUAUUAUUAUUGUAUCGAACUAUUGUCAUUUGCUGUAAGAGACCACUUAGGUACCCUACUUUAUUAGUGGACAUCCUGAUGUGUGUUUUAAUGAUUAUUGUACCAGACGAUUUAUAUUUGCUGUAAUUUGUUGUAAAAGACCACGUAUGUACCCUACUUAAUUAUUCGAGACGAUAUCGAUCGUGUGUUGUAUUCUAUCUGUUCUGGUUCCUAGCUACUCCUACCCUACUCUUUUUGGUUCCUAGACUAGAUGUAUGCAGGUUUGCAUAUAGCUGAUCACAGGGACUCGUCCAUCAGUUCGCUGUCUCCUAUUGGGAACAAAGCAUCAGGAGGUGAGGUCGAUUCAACUCGAGCUCCGCGCCACACCUCGCCCAUUUCCGAUCCGGUGAGACUUAUUCACGUCAAAAUAUGUUUCAUGCAAGUCUGUAGUUUAACUCCUUUCUUUGAAGCUUACUUCAAGCUCCUCUCCACGCUGCCGGCCUACGUGUCUUCUCCGGUUCCCCUCUGGCUGAAGCUACCACGAGCGACGUGCACUCGCCGUCACCGUUUGUUGCAAGUAGAUUGCGGUUCCGCCAGUCCUUCUGACCACUUACCCAGGCGGGAUCCGGCUCUUGUGGCUGCCGGCGAAAGCGUCUCCGUGCCGGAGGAUCCAAUCUUUGUUGCAAGCAAAAAUAGAGUCUAGCUUGUUUCCGAUGAGCAUAGUAAACAAGUAGAGGAUUGUAAUUUCCUUAAUAUAUAUGGUGAGAGGAAAUAACUUCAUGGCGUAGAGAAGUGUCUUAGUACGUGUGUCUGUUAGUAUGAGUUAUAGAUAAACAGGGAUUUCAAUUUGGUCAUUCACUCAUGUAAUCAGGUAUUUUGAGUGAGAUACAUCAUACAUGCAUCGUUUAACAAUCAUUUUAUGGUA